UCUCAAAAAUAUCUCCCAUUCCAUCAUCUCAUGUUCUUAAAUCAGAAAUCUCUAUAUUAUUAUUUUAUUAUUAUAUUCUUCGAGGAAGAGGAAGAGGAGUAAAAAAAAAAAAAAAAUGUCUACGGCAUGCCUUCCUCUGUUCGCUCUCAGUACUCCUUCAAUCGCAACAAAGAAAUUAACCCAAAAAAAAAUCAGUCCGUUCAAUGCAACUGCUAGAAAGCUGUACGGAAAUUCAAUGACAUGCAAAGCUGCUGCUGCUGCUUCCUCUUCAAGUUCAAUCAUGGACUUUGAUCUCUAUGAUCUUCUUGGCGUAGAUAGCUCUUCUCAUCAGUCGCAGAUAAAACUGGCGUAUCGGACGCUGCAGAAGCGGUGCCACCCUGACAUUGCUGGGCCAGCAGGACAUGACAUGGCUAUCAUACUCAAUGAAGUUUACUCCAUCCUCUCUGAUCCUAACUUACGUUCAGCUUAUGAUAAGGAGCAAGCCAAAAUUGCAGAACUUAGAGGUUACACAGGCAAACCUAUAUACUCAGCAUGGUUUGGAUCAGAAAACGAACAAAGAGCAGUAUUUGUUGAUGAAGUCAAGUGCGUAGGCUGCUUGAAAUGUGCCUUAUUUGCUGAAAAGACAUUUGCUAUUGAAUCGGCUUAUGGAAGAGCCAGGGUUGUUGCACAGUGGGCUGAUUCUGAACACAAGAUCCAAGAGGCCAUAGGAGCAUGUCCAGUUGAUUGCAUCUCGAUUGUGGAGAGGUCAAACCUAGCAGCUCUAGAAUUCUUAAUGUCGAAGCAACCACGCGGCAAUGUAAGAGUGGGCAUGGGUAAUGCAGCAGGAGCGCGAGUCUCAAAUAUCUUUGUAGAUGUCAAAAAAUUCCAGACCAGAUUUGAGGAUGCAAUGGAAAAAGCUUCUGCACGACACCCCAAGGAAACAGACCUCCAAAGAGAAGCUAGAAUGUCAGCAAUUCAAGCAAUUAGAUCAAUCUCAAAUUGGUUAUACUGGCAAUCACCUAUUGCAGGAGGAGGAGGAGGAGGAUCCACACCUGUGUCGUCACAAAAUAAUCUGACAUACGUUUCACAUAAUAAAUCUAGUGAGCCAAGCAUGGACAAGCUUCGAGAAGCAGUAGCUGCCAGAAAGCGAGCAGGAGGAACGAUUUGUCGAAUCUCAUCGAACUAUUUAUAUCACGAGGAUUAUUGGAUUCCAUCAAUCCAUGCUCUUCCAGCUUCAACUCAAGUCGUCAGCUAUAAUGCCCCAACUACCCAAAAAUCCUCUUCACCUACUAAAGAAUACAAGGAUAAAAACUAUGGAGUAAAUGAUGACAAUCAGAAGAAACCCGUAAUAUGGGGAGUACUUCCAAUGAUAACAGCAACAAUUGCUUCAGUUAUAGUUUGGUUACAAGUUGGAGAAGGGACUGUUGGUGGAUUAAAACAACAUAUAGGUGGCUCUUUGGCUUUGGACAUCGUUAACAGCUCUUGGUCACAGGUUAUGUUAGCAGGGAUUACUUGGUACAUCAUUGGGAUUGUAAUAAUUGAACUUGUGGAAGUCAUUCAAAGUAGACGAAGGUUAUAGGGAAAGAACUCAAACGAUUUAGAAGGUAAACGUAAAUCCAUUUGUAUACAAAAGAACUUAAUUAAACUAUAUGAUAUCUACGUACUGAAAAUUAUUUGGA